AUGUUGUUCGAAGGGACUGGUAAGUAAUUGUUCUUUUCAUCUUAGGGGAUUAAUUCACGGUAGUUAAAAAACCAUUUUGUUUUAUUAGUUUUAGGGAACUUAAGGUUCUGGAGUGGGUCUAACGACCAUGAAGAAAGGGUGGCCCCAUCUCCAAAGGGGGUAAAAAAAAAAAAACAGCGCUCUAAUAAAUGAAUUACCACUCCAUGAUAUAUACACUGGCAAUUAAAUAAGACGUUUUUGGCACACUAUUUCUAGGUUUUGGUUCAUAUGGAAAGAUGUACUAUGACACCACUCUUCAAGAGGCUUUUUUUCGAGGCCUGAAAUGCCACUCCAACGACUUACCAGCAACCUGCAAAAUGGAUAGGCUAAUUGCAAAGUAUUUGCACGACGAAUACAACAGCGUUUUCUAUGGAAAAGCGCAGAACCUGGGGCGAGUUCUUUGUAGAGCUUAUGACGAAGCACUCGAGAAGUAUGACGUGUUGAUUUUACCGACAGCUCCGAAGAAGGCUUUAGUCUUCCCAUAG